UGAAUAGUCUGAAUGAGUUGAAAUGGUUGGUGUUGACAUUUUUCAAAUCAGUCUUGAAAUGUUGAAGUAGGAACAUGUUGAAUUGAGAAAUAGUAUUACAGAAUUCCUGGAAUUUUGGGAAAACCAGGAAUUUUUCCAGUUCAAAAAACAACUUUGUUUUUUGUCCUGAUUAAGAAGAAUGUUUUGACGGUGGAACAGUUGAAGUGGGUUGAAAAAUGUGAGAGGAGUAGUCGCCAGAAAAAAGGGUGGAAAUAGGGCUUUGGAAAACCAGGAAUUCUGGAAAAUCCUGGAAUUUUUUUGAACUUGGAAAAAAUAUAGUUUGAAUUUCCAGGAUGGUGGAAUGUGGAAUGGUUUGAAUCGGUUGAAAAAUGUGGGAAUUGCGGAACUUUGAAGAAUGUCCCAUUGGUUUAAAUGGGAAUUUCCCCAAAAUUUGGGAAUUUCGGUCAAAUCUGGAUUUUUUUGGAAAAUGGUUAAAAAAAAACAACUUGAAUAUUCUGAAUUAGCUGAAAUGGUUAGUGUUGACAUUCUUCAAAUCGUUCAAGACAUGUUGAAGUAGUCACAUGUUGAAUUAGGAAAUGGUAUUACGGAAUUUGGGGAAAACAGGUACAUUUUUCCAGUUCAAAAAACAACUUUGUUUUUUGUCCUGAUUAAGAAGAAUGUUUUGACGGUGAAAUAGUUGAAGUGUGUUGAAAAAUGUUGGAGGAAUAGUCGCCAGAAAAAAAGGGUGGAAAUAGGACUUUGGAACACCAGGAAUUCUGGAAAAUCCUGCAAUUUUUUUGAACUUGAAAAAAGGGUAGUUUGAAUUUCCAGGAUGGUGGAAUGUGUGGAAUGGUUUGAAUUGGGUGAAAGGGUGGGAAUUGUGGAACUUUGAAGAAUGUCCCAUUGUUUUAAAUAGGAAUUUCCCCAAAAUUUGGGAAUUUUGGUAAAAUCGGGAAUUUUUUGAAAAAUGAUUAAAAAAAAACAAAAACUUGAAUAUUCUGAAUUAGCUGAAAUGGUUAGUGUUGAAAUUCUUCAAAUCGUUCAAGAAAUGUUGAAGUAGGAACAUGUGGAAUUGAGAAAUAGUUUUACGGAAUUCCUGGAAUUUUGGGAAAACCGGGAAUUUUUCCAGUUCAAAAAACAACUUUGUUUUUUGUCCUCAUUAAGAAGAAUGUUUUGACGGUGGAACGGUUGAAGUGGGUUGAAAAAUGUGGAAGGAAUAGUCGCCAGAAAAAAGGGUGGAAAUAGGGCUUUGGAAAACCAGGAAUUCUGGAUUUUUUUUUAACUUGGUAAAAGGGUAGUUUGAAUGUCCAGGAUGGUGGAAUGUGUUGAAGGUGGAAUGGUAUGAAUAGGUUGAAAAAUGAGGAAAUGGCAGAACUUUGAAAAACGGCCAAUUCAUUUUGAAUGGGAAAAAUGUCUCGGGAAAUCUGGGAAUUUUUGGAAUUUGCCAGGAAAUUUCGGUAAAAGCGGAAAAUUUUUGGAAAAUAGUAAAAACUUCAAUAGUCUGAAUGAGUUGAAAUGGUUGGUGUUUAAAUUUUUCAAAUCAAUCUUGAAAUUUUUAAGUAGUAACUUGUCGAAUUGAGAAAUAGUAGUACGGAAUUCCUGGAAUUUUGUGAAAACCGGGAAUUUUUCCAGUUCAAAAAUCUUUUUUGGGGGGAAUUUGUCAAGGAAAGCCCGCGUUCCCCGAAGAGGCUGCAGAGUUUGAAGUUAGGAACGGUUUGAAUUGGGUGAAAAAUGUGGAAUGUAUAGCGCGCCAAAAUCUAGAGAAGAAGAAGAAGUUGAAGAUGAAUUUUGGUGUAGAAAACCAACAACAAGCUGCGGACCAAAAAUGUCCCCGGGCCGCACUUUGGAUACCCCUGCUCUAUUCAGCUCAGUAUAGUAAAUACUAUUUAACGGCAUAAAAAUAAACGCAGUCUGUAACCAAAAAACUAUUGAUAUGACGCCAAAAAAAAACUCAUUUUAAUUUACUUUCUUGAUUUUUUCUUGAUAUUUUUCUAUAUCCCAGAAGGCUACUUCUUGUUCCCGCCAGGUAUUUUCCCGUGUAGUACCCCUUCAAGACAAAGGGGGGCGCUCUACGCUUAGCCGUCACACGGAUAGCAGUGACUGAACGGAGCGAGCUUUGUGCCGAAAACUAAACCUAACCUGUGUCAGACUAAUGAAUUAAAUCGGCCAUCCUGAGAGAGGCCAGCAGAAGACGGUGUGGACGAGACGUCAACAAGCAUGGAGUUCCCGCAACAACAGAAGCCGGCGGGGGACGGCAAGAUCUUCUACCCGCCCGGAGUCAAGGAGAUCACGGACAAGAUCAGCAACGAUGAGGUGGUCAAGCGGUUAAAGAUGGUGGUGAAGACCUACAUGGACAUGGAUCAAGAUUCUGAAGAGGAGAAGCAGCAGUAUCUCGGCCUCGCACUCCACCUCGCCUCAGAAUUCUUCCUCAGGAACCCCAAUAAAGACGUGCGGCUGUUAGUCGCCUGCUGUCUGGCUGACAUCUUCAGGAUCUAUGCCCCUGAGGCCCCUUACACCUCCCAUGACAAACUGCAGGACAUCUUCCUCUUCAUUACAAGACAGCUAAAGGGACUAGAAGAUACCAAGAGCCCCCAGUUCAACAGAUACUUUUACCUUCUGGAGAACCUGGCGUGGGUGAAGUCCUACAACAUAUGUUUUGAACUGGAGGACUGCAACGAAAUCUUCACCCAGCUUUUCAAAACCCUUUUCUCUGUAAUUAAUAACAGCCAUAACCAGAAGGUGCAGAUGCACAUGAUGGACCUGAUGUGUUCCAUCAUCAUGGAGGGAGAUGGGGUCACACAAGAGCUUUUGGACAGCAUCCUCAUUAAUCUCAUCCCUGCACACAAGAAUCUGAACAAACAAGCGUACGAUCUUGCAAAGACUAUCCUGAAGAGGACCGUACAAACCAUGGAGAUGUGCAUUGCAAAUUUCUUUAAUCAGGUUUUAGUGAUGGGAAAGUCUUCUGUCAGCGACCUUUCGGAGCAUGUCUUUGACCUCAUCCAGGAACUCUUUGCCAUUGAUCCUUUGCUACUUACCUCUGUUAUGCCACAGCUGGAAUUCAAACUCAAGAGCAAUGAUGGGGAAGAGCGUCUGGCUGUUGUACGUUUGCUAGCCAAGUUGUUUGGAGCCAAAGACUCUGAGCUGGCCACACAUAACAGGCCGCUUUGGCAGUGCUUCUUAGGACGGUUCAAUGACAUCCAUGUUCCGGUUAGGCUCGAGUGUGUAAAGUUUGCCAGCCACUGCCUCAUGAACCACCCAGACCUGGCCAUAGACCUUACAGAGUUUUUGAAGGUGCGUUCCCACGACCCAGAGGAAGCUAUUCGUCACGAUGUCAUUGUCACUAUCAUCAAUGCUGGGAAAAAGGACCUUAACUUGGUCAAUGAUCAGCUGUUGGCUUUCGUAAGAGAGAGAACUCUGGACAAGAGGUGGCGAGUACGCAAGGAGGCCAUGAUGGGCCUGGCUCAGCUUUACAAGAAAUACUGUUUGCACCACGAGGCUGGGAAGGAGUCUGCACUGAUGAUCAGCUGGAUCAAAGACAAGCUGCUGCACAUCUACUACCAGAACAGCAUUGACGACAAGUUACUAGUGGAGAAGAUCUUUGCCCAGUUCAUGGUCCCUCACAGCCUGGAAACGGAAGAAAAGAUGAAGUGUCUCUAUUACCUUUAUGCCUGCUUGGACACCAAUGCUGUCAAGGCUUUGAAUGAGAUGUGGAAGUGUCAGAAUAUGCUGCGAGGCCUGGUUAAAGAGCUGCUUGACCUCCACAAGCUGCCGCCGUCUGAGGCCAACAGCACUGCCAUGUUUGGGAAGCUGAACAACAUAGCAAAAAACCUGCCAGAUGCAGGGAAAGCUCAAGAUUUCAUGAAGAGGUUCAACCAGGUUCUUGGUGAGGAUGAGAAGCUCAGAAUCCAGCUGGAGGUGCUCAUCAGUCCGACUUGCUCCUGUAAACAGGCCGAGAUCUGUGUGAGGGAGAUCACUCGCAAGUUAACUUUCCCCAAGCAACCCACCAAUCCCUUCUUGGAGAUGGUCAAGUUCCUGCUUGAACGCAUCGCCCCUGUGCACAUAGACUCCGAGGCAAUCAGUGCUCUGGUCAAACUGCUCAACAAGUCCAUUGAGGGCACGGCGGAUGACGACGAGGAGGGUGUUACUCCUGACACAGCCAUCCGCUCAGGCCUGGAACUACUCAAAGUCCUGUCCUUCACCCAUCCCACAGCGUUCCACUCGUCAGAGACCUACGAGUCUCUUCUCCAGUGUCUGAAGAUGGAGGACGACAAAGUGGCUGAGGCAGCGAUCCAGAUAUUCAGAAACACUGGGCAAAAAAUCGAAACAGAACUUCCCCAAAUAAGAUCGACGCUGAUUCCCAUUCUGCAUCAGAAGGCAAAGAGGGGGACGCCUCACCAGGCCAAGCAGGCCGUGCACUGUAUCCACGCCAUCUUUAACAACAAGGAAGUGCAACUGGCUCAGAUAUUUGAGCCUCUGUCACGGAGUCUAAACGCAGACGUCCCCGAGCAGCUCAUCACGCCCCUCGUGUCACUGGGUCACAUCUCCAUGCUGGCCCCAGAUCAGUUUGCCUCGCCCAUGAAAUCCAUAGUGGCGAACUUUAUCGUCAAAGACCUGCUUAUGAACGACAGGUCGGUGGGAAACAUGAAUGGAAAGCUGUGGACCCCUGACGAUGAAGUUUCACCUGAAGUUCUGGCUAAAGUGCAGGCCAUCAAGCUGCUGGUGCGCUGGUUACUGGGAAUGAAGAACAACCAAUCCAAGUCGGCAAACUCCACCCUGCGCUUGCUGUCAGCCAUGCUGGUCAGCGAGGGAGACCUCACGGAGCAAAAGAAAAUCAGCAAAUCGGACAUGUCUCGCCUAAGACUGGCCGCAGGUGGCGCUAUUAUGAAGUUGGCCCAGGAGCCCUGUUACCACGACAUCAUCACGCCUGAGCAGUUCCAGCUGUGCGGUCUUGUGAUCAAUGACGAGUGCUACCAGGUGCGUCAGAUCUUUGCUCAGAAGUUGCACUUGGCUCUGGUCAAACUGACGUUGCCACUGGAGUACCUGUCCGUCUUCGCCCUGUGCGCCAAGGACCCGGUGAAGGAGCGCCGCGCCCACGCCCGACAGUGUCUGCUGAAGAACAUCUCAGUGCGCAGAGAGUACAUCAAGCAGAACUCACUCACUCAGGACAAACUGAUGUCCUUCCUUCCUGAGUAUGUUGUCCCUUUUAUGGUCCACCUGCUGGCUCAUGACCCAGACUUCACAAAACCGCAGGAAUACGACAUGCUCAAAGACAUCAAAGAGUGUCUAUGGUUCAUGCUGGAGGUGUUGAUGACCAAGAACGAGAAUAAUAGUCACGGUUUUCUGAGGAAAAUGGUGGAGAAAAUCAAACAGACCAAAGAUGCACAGUGUCCUGAUGACAUCAAAGCCAACGAGAAGCUAUAUAUCCUCUGUGAUGUUGCUCUCUUCGUCAUCGUCAACAAGAGCACCGCGUGUCACCUGGACUGUCCAAACGACCCCGUACUACCCGACAAGUUCUACUUGGCGCCCGAGAAGGACUUCCAAAAUGACAAGGACUAUCUGGCAGCAGACAUGCGACAAAUGUUACUCACAGGAAAGCCUAAACCGACUGCAGUGUUGGCGACGGUCAACAAAGCCCUGACCGUACCAGGCAGAAAGAUCUUCAAGACCCCAGUAGUUACCAGCAGUAAUACCAGCACCACCAACUCCUCACCACUAAGCUCAUCCCCCGUCAUCGUCAACAAGAACACCAAGAGCAUCACAGCCACAGAACCGGCCGAGAGCCGAACGCAAGAAAACAACGAGAACCCGUUAAUCAAGAAUGAGGAAGGCAAGGUGGAGAAGGAGCCUAGUAAGAACGUCACCCCCAACGCCGGGAAGGAAACGCCGCCCGUUAAACGGCGUGGUCGGCCACCCAAAACGACGGCGGCUGCCCCUCCUGCGGCGGCGAGCAAAGACACGGCGAGCACAGGCGCCGGACGAGGUCGGAAGAGAGCGGCGGACGCCAACUCCACCCCAUCCACGGAGUCGGCCAAGGUGUCAAAGCAGCAGAAUGAUGAGGGGACAAAUCAACAGAUUGACGUGCAGAGGUAAAGGGUGGAGCCACAAGUGUAGUUAAAGGGCCAGAAUUCAACCAUGUUCUUCUCCUGGACACUUACGGACCUUUCUUAAAUCAUACCUGCAUACCUUUUACUUUCACACCACAUCCUAGAAGGUUUGUAAACACUCUGUAGUUAUGAUUUUAAGCUCCUUGUAUGUAGGUCUUAUCCCCCCGGACCGUUUAUUUUUGUUUUUUUUUGGCAUACUGCUGCUUUUGUGGAGACAUUUUUAAGAAAAGAAAAAAAGUCAUGGACGUUUUACAAAAAUUUUAAUCUGGUAUGAUUAUUGUUUAUUAAAUUCCCUGAUAAAACUCCUCCUGUACGACUCCUUCCUCAAUAAUCUCCAUAUAUUUUCCCCACUGCUCGGUCACACACUUUGUAAAUACUAAUCCAAAACAAUAAUGGCUGCAUGAACCCAUGCCAACCAUCUUUGUUACAACACUGUCUUCUUAGUUGCUUUAGGCUUGAACUUUCUUUUUUCUAAAGGACCAAAUGACAAGUUUGCAUUCUGACCUGCUCCUCCGCCGAGCCUGGAGGGAAAACACCUUUUUCAUAUGAAUUCUUUUUGUUUUUACUGUCAAAAGUAUGUGAUUUUACUUCACCCUGGAGUGCAUAAAUGGUAUACUACCAUGAAAGUAUUUUUCAGUCUUUGUCCUGUUUUAUAAUUAAAUGUAGUUUGUACCUUUU